GAAGUACUAGUUGCUCUUUUCAUUCACCCUGUCGGAGCUUCCGCAUCAACGGCCAGGUAGCUAUGACAGAUCCUCAAACCAUCGCGGAUUCCUUUGAGGGCCUGGAAGGCCUUAACUUGCCGGUGGCAGAGUUUGUGCAGGCAUUCAUGACAAGCCCCUACUUAGUUCGCAAAGUGGCCAUGGUCACUGGCUUUGAGGAGCAGAUUCUGAGGUCAAUUCCUGCAGAGGAGCUGCUCGAGGAGUUCGCCAAAUGGGACACUGAUCACUCUGGGAAAAUAUCGUUUGACAACUUUGUCGAAGGCCUGUCGCAAAUGCGCCAGCGCGUGCGGGCUUUGCAAGAGCAGGCCGAACGUAAUGAAGAGCAGCGUUUGCUGGCAAGCUCAGUCAGAAAGGCCAAAGAAGCCUUUGACAAUGCAGCUGCUGGGAAAGAGCUGAGCUUGGAGGACUUUAUCGAGACACUUUCCGAUCCAAAUCAAUUGGAGCAUAUUUCUGCGGCAACAGAGCUGCCAGUAUCCUUUUUUGAGUCACUUUCCGCUCGCAGUUUGCUAGACCUCUUCAAAGAAGUUGACCUUGAUUCCUCUGGUACUAUCUCGCUGGAAGAAUGGGUCGAAGCUUUGGUGCAAAUUCGUAUGUCUUCAUAUUACCAGCGCAAGACCGAUGAGGCCGAAGCUAUUGACGCGGUCAGGGAACAUGCUGAGGCUGCUCUGAACGAGGGUGAUACGGACUGGAAUGGCGAAUUUGAUUUUUUUGAGUUUGUUUCAGCUUUCAAGACGAAUCCACGGUUUCUUCGAAAGGUGUCUUUGGCGACUUGUAUCCCAGUUGAAGAGCUUCGGACCUUGCAAACGGAAUCUCUCGAAGAGCUGUUUCUAAGUCUAGACACCGACUUCUCAGGCACGAUCUCCUUUGCCGAGUUUGUGCAGGGUCUCGCAGAGAUCCGUUUGAUCCGCAAGAGAUCAAUGGAAGAAGCCAAUGAGUGCCAAGAAGCUUCAGUGAUGAAUCACGCGGUCAUGGUGGCAACAGAAGCCUUUGAAGCGGCAGAUCUUGGCUUUAAUGGAGAAUUGGAUUUGCAGACAUUUGUGCAGGCCCUGACGGAUCCGGUGGUUGCCACAAAGGUAUCUCAAGCAACGUCGGUGCCAGCAGACUGGUUCCUGAGCCUAGAUGCAGAGCAGAUAGUGGACCUCUUCCGGGAUAUUGAUGCAGAUUCAAACGGCACCAUAUCCUUCACUGAGUGGAUUUCUGCCCUUCUCCGCGUUCGCAAAGUGAACUACCAGGAGGACAGAGCUGCUCGCCAAGAGGAGGCCAAAGCCAUUGCCAAGCUGGCAGAGGAAGCGCUGGAAGAAGGUGAUCUAGAUAUGUCUGGCGAAUUGGACUUCCGAGAAUUCUUAGCGGCAUUCCGUCGAAAUCCUCGGUUCUUGAGGAAACUCGCUGUUGCAACAGAUACAUGCGUCGAAGAUCUCCAAAGCCUUCCCAUCGAGGACCUAGAGGAUUUUUUCCUUGCUUUGGAUGCAGAUGGUUCCGGAACCAUUAGCUUCGAAGAGUUUGCCAACGGGCUUCUAGAGGUCAGAAUGAGGCGGAAUGCCUACAGCCGUGAGGAGGCAGAGGCUGAGAAUCAGGCUGUCAUUGACAUUGCUUACUUGGACGCCUUAGAUGCUUUCAGCCAAGCAGAUCUGGGAGUCACAGGAGAGCUGGACUUGGAUGGAUUCCACAAAGCACUGAGCGAUCCGGGAAUUGUGGAGAAGGUUUCGCUUGCAACCCACUUGCCAAAAGAAUUCUUUGCCACCCUGAAGAGAAGAGACAUUCAGGACAUGUUUGUUGGAAUGGACUUUGAUUCUUCGGGCACAGUCUCUUUCAACGAGUGGGUUGCAGCUUUGGUCAGAACGCGUCAAGAUGUUUAUUUGCAAGAGAAGCUGCAGCAGGAGAGGGCAGUGGAAGCAGUAGUGGAGGAUGCUAUGGCCGCCAUGGAUGAAGCUCAGGAGGAUUGGUGCGCUGAACUUCACUUGGAUGGGUUCAUCAAGGCCUUUCAGACCAACGAUGCCUUUCUGCGAAAAGUGUCUAGUGCAACAGGCCUAUCAGUGGACGAGUUCAAAAGCUUGCAGGCAUCUGAUUUGCGGGAACUCUUUUCUGCUCUGGAUAUGGAUGUGUCUGGAACAGUAUCCUUCAGCGAAUUCGUUCAAGGACUUGCAGCGAUUCGAUUGGCUCAUGAGACAGAGGUGGAGGAAGCUCUGAUCCAAGCCGAAGCCAAGCAACAAUCAGCCAAGUUGGUGAAGGAUGUGAUGGCGACCAAUAUCCCAGAAGGAAAAGAUUGCAUAAAAGCAGAAGACUUAAAGGAGCUUUUGCUGUUUCUUGACAGUAAAAAGUGGACACCAGCCAAGCUCCACAAACUUGUUACCGGACUGCCGUGGGCGCAAGAUGGCUCAUUGCCCCUUGGCCAACUGAUUGAACUUUUGUAUUAGAUGAUCCAGCUGCUUGCUUGGAAUCAACAAGAUUUUUGUUGCUGGAACCCAAUCACAUAUCUAUAUAUAAAACACACAUAUAUACAUAGAGCUUGCAUGUUUGCUUUUAUGUCUAUUGGCUAUUGGCUGUAAAAGUGGGUUAAAUUAACAAAGAUGCUUGAGGUUUUUAGGCACCAAGUGUACAACCGUGCUUGCCAGCUAAGAAGCUUGAGAAGAUGUUUAGUGAAGACAAAGCAGAACGCGUUUGACACGGCUUUCGAAGCAGGAAGCGGUGAGAUUCCUCAGGUAAAAGCGCGCGUGAAACACGCUCGGCGCUAGCGACUUUUCAAUGCUUGUGAGAAGCACUUAAUUCGUUCAGCUAAGCUCUAGCCCUAGGCACAGGUGCACAAGCUCCAGGCAUCCUAGGCUUUUAGGCCAGGAAGCCUCGCCCAAGGCGAGAACGUCGAAAGGCCAUCAUAUUUUUCUCCGGCUGAAUAAAAGACUGAAAGACCUUGGGCAGAUUUUGCAUGUGUUGACCUCUUGUUAGAAUGGCGUUGUUUGUGAGAGUCCUGUUGACAGCACUCCAAACACACUCUGC